AUGUCCCUGAAAUCUUGCAUUGCUGAGUUCAUCCCUCACAUCUGCACUUUUCUUGGCCCCGUCGAUAUUGCUUCCCUGCGACUUGUCAGCCGAGACCUGUGCGCAAAAGCGAACGCUGCAUUUGCGUCCGCCUCGUUCGAAGUCGUGGAAACGGAUCUCUCUGCCGAAAGCAUCAAAGUUCUCGACGCCAUUGCUCGCCACCACGAGUUCCGGCUCUGCGUCCGUACAGUACGCAUUCUCCGGAGGUCCACCAGCGAGUACGUGCAUCGGCCUCUUAACCUGACGGCCCGUCACAGACCCCCCAAGGCGACAGCCGCCCUCGACUUCUGCGAGCCAAACGUAGUGGCGAGCAUUUACGACACAUGGCGUCGUUUUGACAACUGCUGCGCCUUUGAGAUAUGCGAUAGCCCUGGCGUCUUUGACGAUGACAACGUCCUUGCUCUAGGCCUCUCACCCGCCAACGUCAUCCGUCUUGUCACGUCCGCCUUGGCGUCCGACGUACGCAGCCCCGUUGCGCUGCGAGUAUAUAUCCAACGGGAGGUACAACAUAAAGAGGCAUCUCCAGUCCAGUUGUCAUCGCUCACUACUGUCACGAGCGGAAUGUCAUCGAUCCGGGAUCUCACCAUUCUGUGGUCCAUUGAAGCAAAUGAUACCGCGCUGGCCGUCAAACUCGUCAAGGAUGCCCCCUUCCUUGAGAGACUCCAUUUGAACUUUGUCUCGUCGUUGCAUGCGGAUCUGGUCAUGGCCGGACUCGCAAACGCGCCAUUUCUGCCUCCCAUCCAGCAACUCCGCAUCGGCUCCAUGCAUCUGGCCACCGGGAAACAUCUCGCUGCAGUACUCAUCCAUCUCCGACACCUCCUCUGCGAGCUGCACAUUGGCGCCGUUCAUCUACAUAAGAACGACUGGAGUUGGCUGUUUCGAAAGUUGUCGCAGAAUGACUUUCCGUUUUUGAAAAGGAUCGCCGUCUGCGCUAUCAGGGCUCCUGACGCAGCCGGGGGUUCCACCGCUGCUAACCUCUAUUUCUGUCCGCUCCGACUCGAUCAACGCCUGCUCGAGAGCUGCGCCGGAGCUUUUGAGUUCAUGCUGUCACCGUGCCGCGGCAAGAUGCGCGUCGGCGGCAUCCGCUUCACCGGUCAGGGAGCGAGCAUGAAGCUGGCUCUUGAUGCCCUUGCCUCUGAGUCUUCGUACUAUCUGCUUUGCCGAUCUAGCAGGCUGCCUAGCCCGGGGCAUCCAAAUAUGAGGACUUUCGCCGAGGCUCGCGUGGGUCGCCUUGUACCGUCGUUUGUUCAUGUGAAAAUAUGGGACGGCGUUCAUACAUGA